AUGGCGGCAACGGGUAUUUCAAGCAGCAUUGACGUCAACAAGCUGGAGGGAGUAACCUACAACAACUACUUCGUUUCCGAAGCCAACCUCAAGUAUGUCCCGCCGUAUCUUCGCGACACCGCGGAGACUACUGAGGAGGUCCGUUGUCCCACCAAGGGAAUUUGGCCGACAUGGCUUGAGGGAACGUUUGUAAGAAUCGGUGCAGGCCGGUUCACAAUCCCCCUAUCUGAAGACGGAUCCAAGCCCAAUGCUAUUUUGCAGCACUUCUUUGAUGGGCUUGGGAUCUUGCACAAAUUUCGCAUGUCCAAUGGCCAGGUUCAUUACAGCAGCAGGCAUACAGCCGAAGGUGUUGCGCGGAAGGCCAAGAAGAACGGCUUCGUUCAGACCACGAUGUUUGGUCCCAAUGCGAACACGCCAUUGAAGGAUGCUCAGGAUCCAUGCUCCGCGCUGUUUGGUGCUCAGCAAUCGAUGUUCUUUCCAACCGAAUUUGUCGCCCCCGACGAAGUGAACAUGAAUGUUGUCCCUCGUCGGUCAAUGCACUUGCCUCCUGACAAAAACCCUUACUCUAGAGGUGUCGCCUCUGAAGCACCCGAGACCGAGGAGAUCCUCAUUCAUACUGAUUUUAACAUGCUUCAAGUCUGUGACGCCAAGACUCUCGCCCCAAAGCGACUUCUUACGUAUGCCGAAAUCGACCCUCAACUGAAAGGCUAUGGUAUCUGCGCUCACCCGCCCAAAGACAGACAAAGGGGCCAAACUUUCAAUACCAUCAUUUCUGAAGAUGGUGUCAUGUCUGUCUUUGCGCUUGAUAUCAAAGCAAAGCCUGCGAAGGUUCUAUGGAAGACCGCCUUGCCCUGUGCCCCUUGCUAUAUUCAUUCCCUAGCCAUGAGCGAUAAAUUCGUUGUUUUCAUUCGCAAUCCGCUUCACAUGGAUGUAAGCGAUAUGACCAAGCAAGUUAUGAAUAUGAUCGAAUACGAGCCCGAGUCGCCUACUCAAUUCUUCGUGCUCGACAAGAUGACGGGAGCCCACAUCUCGACGUUUAAUGGAAACGGUUUUAUGUUUUUCCACUCCGUCAACGGCUAUGACUACGUAGACCCAGUGACGAACGAGACGAACAUACACGUGGACCUCUGUUGUUACAAAGGAACAUACGUGACGUACCGAGAGUACAAUCUGUCAAACAUUGCAGAUCCGGCCGCACCAUUCCAGCAAGGUACCCUUGUACGUUACGAACUCGCGGAUGUUCUAAAGGGAGAUCCCUCCAAACCAGGCCUCGCCACAACCGCAGCAGCUAUAAACGGUGUUCCCUCAGAGCUCCCCCGAAUUGCAAAAAGCGCUUCUAUGCAACCAGGAUACCGCUAUGUGUACUUCACUGCUGGAAAUGCGGGUGCGAGUCCCGCUACUGAGGUCCCGAUGGGAAGACUGGGGAAUGGGCUCAAGGUGGUGCAAGCGGCUGUAUUCGGAAGCUUAGCUAAGUCCGACUGGCAGACUGGGACUUUCAUCAGAUGGCAACCUGAAAAUGGGGAGAGCUGCCCCUGUGAACCUGUGUUUAUCGCACGCCCUGGUGCUCGAGACGAAGAUGAUGGUAUCGUGCUGACAAUCGUCUGCAAUAGGAAGGGCACGCACAGUAUCUUGGUCGCUCUGGAUGGGAAGACUUUCAAAGAGAUAGCCAGGGCAGACAUGCCACAGGUAUAUGGCCUCGGGCCUCACGGUUCUUUUAUUGAGGCUUGA